GGAAGAGCUGCUUCUGGCACAGACUGCCAUUACAGGGCAGACUACUGCUGUAGCAGGACUGUUGUACGUGCACUGUGCUGUGGACUGCUUGAUUAAAUAUGUUUUCAAAUUCAUUGCUUAGAACUGGAUUGUUUUUAUGCAAGCAGGACAACAGUGGAAUAAAAUGCCUGACAUCGAUAUUCCUCAGCGCUGGGACUCGGACAUCCAGUACACUGAUAGGUGGCGAUAAACAAAAAACCAUGGACGACUUGGAUGGUCCUAGCUUUAUGACAUCAUUAUACUGGCUUUUUGGAAAAGGUUAUUUUCAAACGACACAUCAAAUGCAGAUAGAGCACAGCAAAAUCUACGGCCCACUUUGGAAGUCCAAAUAUGGACCAUUGGUUGUUGUUAAUGUAGCCAGUGCAGACCUCAUAGAACAGGUUCUGCGGCAAGAGGGUCGCCAUCCCAUCCGCACUGACAUGCCCCACUGGAGAGGCUACCGGAAACUCCGGAAUCAUGCUUAUGGACCCCUCACAGAAAUGGGAGCAGAGUGGCAACGCAUCAGAAGCAUACUGAAUCCUCGCAUGCUGAAGCCCAAACACGUGUCCUCCUACACUAAUGCCAUUAAUGCUGUGGUGAGCGACUUUAUUGAGAAGGUGGCUAAGCUUAAGACAACAAAAGGCAAUGACGUUGUGGUGUAUGACCUGGCAGGAGAAUUGUACAAGUUCGCCUUUGAAGGAAUAUGCUCAGUGUUAUUUGAAACUCGUAUGGGGUGUCUGAAUGAUGAGGUUCCUGAAGAAACACAGAAGUUUAUCUUCUCUGUGGGGGAAAUGUUCCGGCUUUCUCCCAUUGUGAUCCUGUUUCCCAAAUCUCUCUGGCCCUACAUGCCUUUUUGGAAGCAUUUUGUGGCUGUUUGGGACCAUUUGUUCAAAGUUGCGGAUGAACUGGUGCAAAAGAAGAUGACAGAGAUUCAGGAAAUGGUGAAACACGGGCAGCCAGUGGAGGGCGAGUAUCUCACACACCUUCUGAUCAGUGAACAGAUGUCCUUCACUGAGGUUUUGGGAAGCAUUACAGAGCUUCUUCUGGCUGGAGUCGACACUACUUCAAACACUAUUUCCUGGGCGCUGUAUCACUUGGCACGGGAGCCAGAGAUCCAGCAGAAGCUGCAUGAGGAGGUGAUCAGCGUCUGCCCGGGUGACAAGGUGCCCUGCAGUGAUGACAUCACCAGGAUGCCAUUGCUAAAGGCCGUCGUUAGAGAGACUCUUCGUUUAUAUCCAGUGGUUCCUGGGAAUGCUCGUGUCGUUGCUGAAAAUGAAAUAGUGGUUGGUGGCCAUCUGUUCCCUAAAAAUACUCUGUUCCACCUCUGCCACUUUGCGGUGUCCUAUGAUGAGAAGGUGUUCCCCAAUCCUUCUGCUUUUCUCCCCCAGCGAUGGAUCCGGGGGCAAAAGCAGUUAAACCAGCACCCCUUUGGGUCUGUGCCAUUUGGCUUCGGCAUUCGGGCCUGCCUGGGCCGCAGAGUGGCUGAAUUGGAGAUGUACCUCCUCUUGUCCCGGUUAAUUAAACACUAUGAAGUGCGCCCAGACCCUACAGGAAGGACUGUGAAGCCGAUCACACGAACUCUGCUGGUCCCUGCCACAUCUAUAGACCUUCAGUUUAUUGACAGGACUUGUUUGCCCGGUUUCACAAACAAGGCUUAAGCUGCUCCAAGACUAAAAUGCAUGUUUGAGCUGUCUUAACUGAAAGCAACUUGAACUGAUAUAUCUUAAAAUAUGUCAGUGCCAUUGUUUUGUCUCAAGAUGCACACCAGUAAUGUUUUUUUUUUUUUCUCUAAGGCACGUUUAAGAAAAGCCACUUAAAUGUACUAAUUUAACUAAGGCCUAAUCCUGGCUUAAUCUAAGCCCUGUCUGUGAAACCAGGCCUUUAUUUAUAAUAAACAAAUACUUAUUUUACUGUUAUAAAUACUGAUAUGCUGUAAAUAUAAUAUCAUUUUUUAACAUUACAUUGUAUAAAUGUUUUUGUUUUAAUAAUUGAAUGUGGAUUAAUUUGUCAUCUUAUUAUUAUUAUUAUUAUUUUUUUUUUUUUUUUUGUUAAUGCACCUUAAUUUUUGUAAUUGUAUUGUUUUAUAUUUAGAAGAAAAAUAAUAUUGCAGUUUAAUAUGUCUAACUUCAGCUUACAUUGUCCUUGCUGGUAAGAAUAAUAUUCAUAUUAAACAUGUUGCAACACCUGUCCAGUGUUUGCAUGAAAUCCUUCUCUUACUAGAGAUAUGAUAGGAAACUCCACUGAUGCCCCCAUGUGGGUGAGAAUUGUAAAUGCAAGAAACUGAAAGAUUCCAUCCUUCUUAUUUUUGUCAUUACCUGCUCCACUUUUAUCUCAACAAAUAAAAUGAGAUUUUCCUGUACAGUUUGACACUAUAGACCUUCACAGUGCACGUCUAAGAGCUGAUACAUUUAAUGGCAUGAAAACAAUCUAGAAAAAAUUUCAAAAGGAAUGUGUCUGUGAUUUUGAAUUCUGUGAUGAUUUUUAACAUGUUUUCCUGUUUCCCAACAUAAAAUUUAUCAUAAAAGUUGCAUUCCCCCUCCUCGCUAAAAUUUUAUUCUGUAGGUGGUUUGCCUUUUGACUCCUUAAUCUGCAUUCUCACCUGGAUACUUUUGAGAAUUAGAUUCCAGUAUACUUUAAAAAAAAUUGUAAGGAUUUUUAGUACAGUAUUUUAAUGUUUUGGUUUUUUUCCCGAAUUUCCAAUAUAUGCCCAGCAGAUGGUAGUGUUGGACCAAACUGAAUGCUCUAGAUUAGAAUGCUGUAGGAAACACUCAUUUUGCCAGUUAAAUAAAUCAAAGAACCAUUGAUACAUGUAUCAGUACAGACAUUAUAAACUUGCUUUUGGUCACAAAAAUACACUAAUGGAAAUAAUAAUUUUAGGAUGCAAAGAAAUUGUUUUACAUUUAAUAAAGAUCUACAUUCUUACAAACA